AUGAAGAAGGGGUACGUCUCGAUUCCACAAGACGAGCAGCCUGUUGCACAGCAGCAGUACAUGUCCGACCCAUCUUUUAGAGAGAAGGCAACGGGCUUCGUCUCACCAAGCGAAAUCCCUGGUUCCCAUGAUCCUGCCAUCGUUUAUCAACGUCUACGCCACUGGUGUAGUCAAAUUUAUUCGUCUGAUCAUAGCCGUGAUCCUUUGUUGCCUGCUGAAAAACGUGCUACUGCUAGUCCUCGUCCCAUCUCUCGCUUUCGUUCACGUCUCUUGAAGGUUUUCGCAUGUGGUGCCUUAUUUGCAGCCUCCUACUCUUUAUUCAAUUAUGCCAUGCCACACACCAACCAAAUGGUGUAUCAAGAUGCUAGUUUACCAUGGGAAGAUCCCACUUUUAUGAUCAAGACGAUGCCAUCUACAAAGAGCAUUCACGACUUUUUCCAUACACUUGCAUCACAACCGCAUUUGGCAGGUUCACACAACGACAAGCUUCAAGCUGAGUGGACACGCAGCAAAUGGGAGGAGUUUGGUAUCCCCAACAAUACCAUUGAGACUUAUUACCCAUGGAUUAAUACACCAAAGACACGUCGAUUGGCCAUUGUUAGUGGUCCUGAGGAAUUCCUAUAUGAAGCCAAGUUGGAAGAAGAACCCGUACCUGAAGACCCAGCAUCAUCCCACCCCAAUGCUCCACCCACUUUCCAUGGUUACUCUGCUGAUGGCAACGUCACUGGCUCUGUGGUGUAUGUCAACUAUGGUCGUCUUACCGAUUUCCAAUUCCUUGCUGCUCGUGGCGUCAACUUUACUGGCACGGUCGCUUUAAUGCGUCAUGGUGUGAUUGCACGUGGUCUUAAAGUACGCACAGCUGAAGAAUUUGGCUGUGUAGCUGCAUUACUUUAUUCUGAUCCCAUGGGAGAUGGCCCAUUCAACAAGAUGACUGAAGAUGGCACACCCGCUAAAUCGUAUCCAGAAGGUCCUUGGAGGUCCCCCUCAUCGGUUGAACGUGGCACGGUUCACUAUUUGUCAAUUUUACCUGGCGACAUGUUAACCCCUGGUUACGCAGCAACCGAAAAUGCUACGCGUUUGGAUCCCAGUGAUACGUAUGCCAUGCCUCGUAUCCCAUCAUUGCCAAUUUCAUGGUCCGAUGCCUUGCCCUUGUUCGUUGCCAUGGAAGGUCUUGGUGUCAAAGGCGAAAUCGAUUGGCUUGGUGGCCUUUGUGAAGUCAACUAUUAUUCAGGUCCAAGUGUUGCUCAAGUCAACGUCGUCAACUUUAACAACUACGAAAUCAAGCCUGUAUGGAAUGUCAUUGGUCGCAUCGAAGGUGCUGUUGAUCCUCAUCGCGCUAUCAUCCUUGGUACCCAUCGUGAUGCUUUUGGUUUUGGUGGUGCUGAUGCUGCCUCUGGUUCUGCUGUCUUGAUGGAAGUAGCACGUGUGUUUGGAAUGAUGCUUGAACAUGGAUGGAGACCACGACGUACCAUUAUCCUCGCUUCGUGGGAUGCUCAAAUGUAUGGCAGCAUUGGCUCAACCGAAUGGGUGGAAGAUCACAAAGAUUGGCUUGAUGAUGAAGCCGUUGCCUAUAUCAACGUGGAUCAAGCAGUGACAGGACCCCACUUUGGCGCUCAAGCAUCACCUUUACUCAACAACUUGUUAUACGAAGUGACAUCUGAACUUUUUGAUCCCAAGACCAGUAUGCCAUUGUUUGAUGCAUGGAAGAUGGAUCGUGAAACACGCAUCCCACAUGAUCCCAUUGGUACCAAGGGUAUUACUACUAAGAUGGUGGAUCCUUUGGGAGGCGGUUCUGAUUACAUGGCCUUCUUUGAUCAUCUUGGUAUCACCAGCUUGUCUAUGGGUUUCCAUGGCGACUAUGGUGUGAGCCAUAGCAACUAUGACAGCAUUUAUUGGAUGGAACACUUUGGUGAUCCUACUUACGAAUAUCACCAGCUGAUGGUCAAGGUCUGGGCACUGAUUGCACACCGCCUUGCUGACGAUGUAUUGCUUCCAUUUUCACCUCUCGAAUACGCCAGCGAGCUUAAUUUGCGAGUAGCACGCAUGGCUGAUGAACAAGGUUGUGCCACAUUACCAGAGCUAUCGGCAGCUGUCAAUGCCUUGUAUGAAACAAGCGUCAAGUUUGAUCACAAAUUGCACAAGUUGCGCAAGAAGCUACGCAAGAAGUUGCACACACGAGAGGUGAUCGAUAUUCAAAAGCACAAGAAGAAGCACAAGAAGCUCUUGAAGAAGGUGCGCAAAGCCAACGAGCGUCUUGGCCAAAUGGAACGUGCUUUCAUUGAUCCCGUGGGUCUUCCUGGUCGUGAAUGGUUCAAGCACAUUGUCUAUGCCCCUGGUUUAUGGUCUGGCUACGAAGCUGAAAUGUUCCCCAGCAUUGUUGAAGCCUUGGAUCAAGGUGCUAGCCCAAGCUUUACCCGUGAAAUGGAAGAACGUGCUGCUGGCAUCAUUGAAAGUGCACGUAGUUUACUCAAGGGCAAGCACGAACGAUUAAUGAAGCAUCCCCAAAAGCAUGACGACGUUGAUGAUGAUGAUGAUGAUGAACCUGCUGAGGAUCCAGAACAAGAUGUACCAGAAGAUGACGACCAAGAGGACGAUGAGGAGGAAUCCACCAUGUUUUAA